AACAGCAAUACUUCCAAAACUGCCACAGCCAGUUUUGAGAAGCUGAAGUUGUUAUAUACUCAUAAAAAAUCCAUAAAUCCGACAUCUACCAGCUGUCUUCUUUACUUCUUUUGGUGGCAGUGAAAGAACAUCAGGUGUCUCUACCUCCAAGAUUUCUGAAAAUUUAUCCACGCUGGUAGCCCUGCAUUCUUCAGUAAUCACAACACUGAGAUAAAGAAGUUCGAACGGCCUGCCCAACAAGAUUUACAAUCGAAUUUCAAGAAUCAGUUUGGAUUGCCCUUAGUACAGCCAGUUUCUGAAAAUAGUGACCCGGAACAGAACAGUAGGUCACAAUUUACAACAUCCAGUCUCUUUUCAGAACCUUAUUUUGUUGAGGAUCGUCUACAACCAGAGUUGAUACAAAAUGACCAACCGCGAUCAGGAUUUCAGUACAAAGGUCUGAAUGAGGUACAGUUAAUUCGGAAUAGCCAAAUUCGUCCUCAGUAUGAAUACAUGGCUUCACGAAGGCAACAGGAGAUUCCAUUGGGCCACCAGAUACUGCCAGACAAAUACUUCGCAUCUCAGGCCCCAUACAUUGCUUAUCUGUCACUUUGGCCUCGUCAGAUGUUUGGACAAGAGAGUCAGCUAAAAAAUAUCAGGCCACAACGUCAGCAUGAAGACUCUUAUGAUUCACGUUCUCAACAGAAUGACUUCUAUGAUUUACAGACCCAGGAGUCAACAUCUUCAUAUUUGCUGAAGACCAUCGAUGGCCUGGAGACAGACCACAGACAAAGAAUUGGUCUUACAUUAGACUUAACCAGGCCACACAGUGAACAUAGUACUCAACAGACACAACAGAAUGACUUCCCAGGAAAGCAAAUGUUCAGUCAUACAGAAUUCCAUUUCACAAGUGGAGACAACUCAGAUUUGCAGCAGCCUCAUAAUUUACAAAAUAGUGAAUUUCGGCAAGAAAAUGCUUUUGAAAACAAUUUUUUCGAGCAGCAUGAUAACGAAACCCCUUUAAAACACAAACUAUCACAGGAACAGAAUGGUAGCCAAAUACAACUGCAAAAUCUGCAUACUGACAAAUUUCACCACGGAAACCUGCAUGGCACCCAGUUUCAGCAAGACAAUCUCCAUAACAAAUUCAAGAGAGACAGUCAACAUGCCCAAAUUCAACAGGAAAAAUUAUUUAUAAAUGAUCAGAUUCUUCAACAGAAAUCAAUGAAUAGCAAUCAAGACUCUCACCAAAACCAACAGUUUCAACAUGUCAUGAAUAACCAUCAGCUUCCACAUGGACUAAGAGACAGUCAAUUUCAACAACAAACUGCAUUCAGCAACAACCAAUUUCAUCAAGAGAUCCUAUCAAAUAACCCUUCUCAGCAAAGGCAACUACCUAAUAACAACCAGUUUCAACAUGAUACCUCUGCAAAUAACAGUCAAUUUCAGCAACAAAAUCACUUGAACAAUAAUUAUUUUCAGCAAGAAAUUCUCCCACAUAAUGAGUCUCAUCCAAAUCGUUUCAAAAAUAAUAAUUUGCAGCAAGAAACCCUGCCAGCUCAAAAGUUUCAGGAAGAAAUCCUACCCAACCGCAACCCUCUUCAUGAAAACCUGGAAAUAAAACACAUUUUAAAUCUUCAGCAAGAACAGACAGAACACCAGACUGACCACAAUGAAGCCUUUGACACCAGCGUCAACAUUUCUCAAGAUCAAGUCACAUCGACAGCCCAACAGAACAGACAAUUGGAAUCAGCUGUUCUUUUCCAUGGGCAGUCAGAACGAGACAUUCAUCAAAGCACUCAGUUACAUCCACAUAAUCAAAGUGGAUUAAGAGAAAGAAACCCUCAAAACACACAGUUACAUCCAUUCGUUAUAAACAGUACAUUAACGGAAGAACAAAAUAAUAUAAAUCCACAGAUCCAAAAUGGCAUCAUCGUCAGUUCUCGAAAUCAUGUGAAUAAUUCUUUCAAAGUACAAAAGGCAUCACAUAACUCUCAGUUUACAACAGCACAGCAAAUUGAACAGCUGGAAUCACUUAUCCUUCCAAAUGGACAAUCAGAAAGUUCUCAGUAUAAACAAUCAGAAGUGCAAAUACCACAGACUUUACAAACUGGAUGGCAAAUUCUCCUAACAGGACAAGCAGAACAAAGUCGCCUUCAAAACACCCAAGUAGAUGAACAGACUCAAAGCAGAGGUUUCAGAGAACAGAGAAAUACCCAACAACAGCCAGAUUCACACAUUCAAGCAGGUGAAAUAAGCCAAAGUCAUCCUCAGCAAAUACAAUCAGAUCUUAUCCUUGCAGUUGACGCAGCAAAUAAAAGGCCUCGAGUCACACAGAAUGAUCCCCUUACACAAGUAAGUGAAUUAAGGGAAACAAAGAAACACUCAAACUGUAAUCUCCAAUUCACACAUCAUGACCGGACACCAGCAUGCACAAAGUGAGCAUUUCAAACCGCAGAAUUUGCAU